GAAGACGACGAAGCAGCAGAAGCGGAAAAAGAGAGAUCAGAGUUUAACGAAGCGCCGACAAUUUUGGAAGCUUUUCUGUUCACAAAGUGAUAAAAAUAAGACCGGUGUGCAUUUUUAUUAUUUUCUGUUUUACCUUAGUGCUACGCGUUCCUGUUAAUUAUUACUUUCAUAUCGUUAAAGUGUAUCCUUUACCAGAUACAUUGUACAUGCAACAGAUUACAAGUUAUAAUAAAGCAAUUAUUAAAUGUUAUUUAAUGCUAUUAAAUGUAGCCGAGUGGCAGUAAAUAGACCAUUCCCUGAUGGUACGGCCUGGAUGCUAAUGCCAGUGAAAGGCUUGUCCUCCGUACUGAACAGGCAGGACCGGACCUGAAGGCAGAACGAGCGGAGGAGGGAGGCAAAGCUCCGGGCUGAGCUCCGCUGCUACAUGCGGGCUCCUGUGUGUGUCAACUCGGCAACAUGAUUUUUGCUGCUGAGAAAACACUGUACAGAAAACGCUGCCUCGGUAUUGCAAGUUGACAAGUCUUCCUUCAUGCAAUGGAAACCAAAGGAUGCAGCCAGCGAUUUAAAGAGUUACAGAGCAGGAGAUGCUCAACUACAGAAGACAGUGAAAGAAGCACGAGUGAGGGCCGAGGAGGGCCACACAAAAGUGUUACUAUGGCAGCUACCUCCAGCUCUGUGUCACACAGACAGUAUGUGGCGAGAAAGCCUCUGUUUUCUGCAGAGCACCAUGCAUCUAUCUUAAAGAAGACACAUCCACAGAGAAUCACAGAGGAGAAACAGCCGGGUGUUGACAGAAGUGGACAUCAUAGCACGAACUUCUGGACCAAACCAAGAGAUGAGGUCACCCCACUGAGCCUUAGCCUAUCUCUCAGUGACAUAUCACUUCCCUCUACCUCCAAAGAAGACCUCAGCUCACCCUUGGGUGUCUCAGAGCUCCUGUCUCACCAUGAAGAAUCCACUACAUUUGGAACAUCUUUCCCCAUGACCAGAUUGGCUCCAAAGAACCUCUCGAGCUCUAAUCUUCAAGUCCAUAGACUUAACCUUCCUCUGAAGCCAAGACUGACUUCCACAGUCCUGUAUCCUACAUCCACCCCUCGCUCAGGGUUCUCUAAACCAAACCAAACUCAGGUCAGGCUAGAGAGCAGGAAGGAGAGAAGCUGGAGAGAGAGAAAACUGUGUUCUCUUGGAGCAAACACAAAAGAAGUUCCCAAGUCUCCCUAUCAGGCAAAUUACUGGGCCUGUGCCAUCCCUAAAGCUUUGCCUCCGUCUCCAGACAGGCACUCUACAGGAUGGGAUCCAAACAAGGAGUACCAGGCACUGCUGAACUACACCUACCCUCUGAGACCAGGACAGGAAGUGAGUGAGUGUGACAGCUCUAAGAGGCUCCAGGGAGACUUUGUUCUCCACACAGACUUCAACCUGCAGGACUCAGGAAUUGCACUGGACCACCCGUGUAGUUCCACCAGCCUAUCAGGGCUGGACACUUCAGUAAGUGCGACAGGGCAGAGCAAAGAAAGAAGCACUCUUUGUCCAGGUCAAAUGUCACCUGAGCGGCAGUCCUCCACUAGAUCUGCAGAUGAAACACACUCCCUGCUGUCUUUGUCCUUGGACUGCUUGGAUUGCAGUAAGGACAGAGGGGAGACAAAUGCUUUCAGUACUGAUGGUCACGAUCAUCAGUGCCGUACGCUAUGCUCGCCUACCCCCUCUGCUUUCAUCCACUCUGCAAGUGUACUUCCACGGUCCAUGUGUGGGCAGGUGGAUGAGGAAUUCCGGCCUCUUCCAGAGCAGCUCGAGGAGCUGCAGCUCCUCUCCAGAGAGGUGAGGGAGAUCACAGCCCAGCUGAGCCGGCCUGGCACAGCUAACUGGAACUCUCUGGAACCACACACAACCUCCAUCCUUUCUUCCAUCACCUCGGCUGAAAAACAGGGGCCCAAAGUUGAGGACGAGGAAGGAGCUGAGGUCAAGGAGCUGCAGGAGGACAAGCAAGACAGAAAUGAAAGAAAGCAGUGGAGCAGAGAGCAGACAGCAGCAGUUCACAGGAACUCUAAGAGCAUGAAUUACCAUUCUGAAGCCUGGGCGGGUCCUGCUGGGGGGAGGCUGAGUCCUCCCAGUCUCAGGGAGGCGGAGGCUUUGGUGGCCCGGCUGUGUGGUGUCAGCCUGAUUGACAGCCAGAAGGACAGCUGGGAGGAUGAAGAGCAGAGUGACUCUCUGAUGCAACACAUCCAGGUCUUCUGUUCCCAGCUGCAGCUGCUCAUCCAGCAGCUGCACGUAGUGUCAGAGAAGAUGGAGCUGCUGACUGCACCCACUGUGGAAAUGGACAGUGUGAAGUCCUCUCUGGCUGAGUAUCAGAGCUUUCAGAGAGAAGUGAGCAGACACCAGCCCCUGGCCUCCUGUGCUCUGCAUGCAGGACAGCUACUCCUCAGCUGCAUGAACAGCACCUCUCCAUUUUUAAGAGACGCCCUGCUUCUCAUCGAGAGUCAGUCUGGAGUGCUGCAGACCCACUCUGAACACUUUUUCUCCUCUAUCCUAUCUGCUAUGGACAAUCUGACCCAGCCCAGUCAGGCCAGUCCCAUCCAGCAGAGUGCAGAGGAGGACCCUGUGGUGCUCUAGGGCUCAGCUUAACAAACCAACUGAACGGACUUCAACAUCAAAACAUAUGAAUAUUUUUCUUAUUUCUUUCUACAAAUUCUGCUUUUGAUACAAGGCUCUCAUUUAUUAUUCACAAAAAGCACAAGUGACUUUUUCACAUAAACAUUCAGGACCAGCACAGACCCUCAAAGUGCCACCAAAACACUUUUCAGAAGUGUUACAUAAAUGUUCUUCUCUUAAUCUUAA